GAAAAGCUGGAACACUUCAGUUUGGAAAAUGUCGAAAGAAACACUUUGGCAAAUGUUUUGUCAGUUUUAGCCUGGUUCCCUAAACAAAGUGGAUGCAACAGCUCUGCCUGUUCCUCCUUCCUAAUAACAGCCUCUGCCCGUCCUUCACAAAUUCAGCUUGUUUCAGCCAAACCUGAGGGGCAGAAGACGAUGAGCUCUUAGAGGCAAGUAGAGAAAGAUCCUGCUGCUCCCAAGACGAUGCGUUAGCCUUGUUAGACGCCAGAGAAGCCACGCUGAAGACCCUCGAGACGUGAGUCAGUAGAAAACCCGGCUUCCUUGCUCCUGCAGGGAAGAGUUGGGCCUUCUUGGAGCCCACCAGCCUUGAGGCAGACCCCACACACCCCAUCAGGUGUCGGCGUUCAGCUCCUGUCCCCUGUGCUGGCUCCUGGGGGUGCGGUGGACGGGCUGUUCCUUGAGUGAGCAGAAGGAAAGCCGCAUUCUUCAUGCGCUUACCUAAUGCCGGCUGGACACCAGCUUGUCAGCUCCAGGGUGGGGCUUGGACCUUGGGCUGUUAAUGCUUCAGACAUUGGCUCCAGAAAGAGCUGUCGGGGGCAGGUUGGGGAGUUGAGAAAUGGCCCUGCACCCCUUUUGCCAGCAGCCGCGCCUGACCUUGCCAAAGGCAUCGGCUGUUCCUCACGUUUCCCCCACCGGCCACGUGCCCCGGUUGUGGCUCCUCCAGGGCUGUUUUUCUCUUGCCCACAAGCACUGCGUGUCCCAUUCCCUUGAUCCUUGUUGCUGUGCUAUCUUCUGCGAGGCUUCGUCAGGAUGCUGUAGUGCCAGGGGCUAUGUGGAGCUUGGCCCUUCGUCUCCAUGUCACAUUUGCAGGGAGCGGUGUGUGUUUUGGGGUCUUCUCAGCACUGCCGUGUUCCUCGUAAGCCAUGCCGCAGCGAGCUGGCCCACAGGAGCUGGAGCCAGUGUUGGCCCUUGCUAGUUGUUUCUCCAGGUCUCUGGAGAUGCAGCAGCAGAGCUUUGGAGGUGUCUCAUGAUGGAGACAGGUUUGCCUUGACCCAGAUUCCAGUUCACCUUAGCAAUAAAUGGGAACCUCUGCUUUGACCAGAUGGGUUGACGAGAGGUUGUUGAGAUGUGAGCCUCAGACCCUGCUUGCAGAAAUUGCACUGUUGAGAGUAUGGUAGACCCUGGACCUGAUGGAGAUGAUAAUACGCAGAGGUAGGAGAUCUGGGGGGCCGUAGGAGAGCUAUUGUGUCAAGAGAGGUGAUCCACAAAGGGAAAAAUGGCAAAGUAUUGCCUGGGGAGCCAGGAGGGGAAAGGGGGAGGCAGAGCCACCAGCAUGUGAUGAACUUGGCUCUGCCAGAGCUGCCCACCUGCGGAUCCGUUCUAACUGCCUGCGGUCCCCCGGGGCAGCGCCUGGAGCAGGGCCGGGUGGUUGCACAAUCUCCAAUGGGGAGGAAGAGGCUGGAGGGUCUCUGCCGGGCAGUCUCCGUGGCAGGGUGAUUGGGGACACCUGGUGCUGAGCCCCCCAGGUGUCUGCCUGGGGACGGAGCACAGCCUGGCCCCACAGAGCCAAAGGCUGGUUAUUCCAGCCAGCCCCGAAGGCAGCUGUAGGCUGGCUCCCCUUUUGGGGGGCAAUUUCACCUCUGUAUCCUCUUCUUCCUCUCCUGCUCACCCUUCUCCUGUUGGCACAGGGAAGGGGCAUCAACCCUCUGCUUACCCGCCCCCCUUCCCAGCAGGCGGGGGGAGCCCCAGGGGGGCUAUUCCCCAAUUGCCCACAGCUUUCCCCCCAACACGGCCGGGGCACAGGCUCAGGGCUGGAUGAGGUGGGCUCUGGCUCCCAGCUGGGGAGUUCCUACGCUGCAAACCGCUCUCAGCAGUUGCAUCUUGCUGCCUUCGUUUCUAGACACAGCUGCGUUCCAGGGACAGGGGAGGAGGACCCUUGUGUAAAACAGGGCUUUGCCGGUUGCUUAGGGAUGAUGAUUAUUAUUAUAGUUUAAGAGAACAGGGGCAGGGGGUAGAAGAGAGGACCCGUAACUGAGGGCUAAGUCGACGUCUGAGGGUUGGAGCGGCAGAGGCUGGGAUGAAAAUAUUUCGAUUUGGGGAUUACGAAUCAGGCACAGGGUCUGUCUCGGGGAGCGGACCACGCGCGCUCGUUGGCACCGGCCGUACUGCAGCUUCUCCAUCACGGCCGAUAUGUGAGAUGGGUGUGUACCGCGUGGCUCCGAAACUCUGCUCUAAUAAAGAAAUACAUUUCCUCCCCAAUCUUCAAGCUGUUGGGUGUUCCUUGCUUUUGGGAGGUGCUUUAAAUGUGACUGCCAGAGCCGUGGGCUGCUAAGAGCAGAAGCUGGCUGCACGAUGCUGAGCUCAGGUCUUCCUCCUGUUUUCCUGUUGCUCACAGCGCUGGAGCUGAGCUGGUCCCUGAGCGAUGAAGAAAAGCAGAUAAUCUUGGAUGGGCACAAUAAAUACCGCUCCCAGGUCUCUCCUCCUGCUAUGGAUAUGCUGAAGAUGAGCUGGGACACGGAGCUGGAGGCCUUUGCUCAAGCUUACGCAGAGAAGUGCAUCUGGGACCACAACAAGGAGAGGGGCAGACGAGGGGAAAACCUCUUCGCUAUGGCCCCAACCCUGGACCUGGAAUUCGCGGUGGAAGACUGGAAUGGGGAGGAGAAAUACUACAACCUGACGACUUCCACGUGUGUCCCCGGGCAGAUGUGUGGCCACUACACCCAGGUGGUCUGGGCAAGCACGCAUCAGAUCGGCUGUGGGUCAAAGUUUUGUGAGAAGAUCGAAGGAAUCGAAACAGAGGACAUGUACCUGCUUGUUUGCAACUACUAUCCCCCGGGUAAUAUGAAAGGCCGAAAGCCGUACAAGGAAGGACCCUCAUGCUCGCAGUGUCCUGAGGGCAGAGUCUGUGUCAACUCCUUGUGUGAACCCACUGUAGAAGAGACCACUCCAGCCUCUGUGACAACAAAGGCAAGCCCAUCCACCCCAACCACAGCCAUGCCAAAACCCACAACCACGCCAAAACCCACAACCACAGCCAAGCCAGCACCCACAACACCAGUGCCCACCACAGCCAAGCCACCACCCACAACCAUGCUCCCCACCACAGCCAAGCCACCACCCACAACCACGCUCCCCACCACAGCCAAGCCACCACCCACAACCACGCUCCCCACCACAGCCAAGCCACCACCCACAACCACGCUCCCCACCACAGCCAAGCCACCACCCACAACCACGCUCCCCACCACAGCCAAGCCACCACCCACAACCACGCUCCCCACCACAGCCAAGCCAAAACCCACAACCACGCUCCCCACCACAGCCAAGCCACCACCCACAACCACGCUCCCCACCACAGCCAAGCCACCACCCACAACCACGCUCCCCACCACAGCCAAGCCACCACCCACAACCAUGCUCCCCACCACAGCCAAACCAGAGCCCACGCUCCCCACCACAGCCAAGCCACCACCCACAACCAUGCUCCCCACCACAACCACAGCCAAGCUACCACCCACAACAACACUCCCGACCACAGCCACGCUCCCAACCACAGCCAAGCCAAAACCUGCAACACUAGCACCGAUCACAACGGCACCAAAGCCAAAACUUACGACCACGCUCCCAACAACAACCCCAGCCAAGCCAAAACCCACACUGCUAGCACCCAGCAGCACUACUGCCAAGCCAAAGCCCACCAUGCUAACAACCACCAUGCCAAAACCCACUACAACUACCACUACCGCCAAGCCAACUACCACCACACCAAAACCCACUACAACUACCACUACCCCUAAGCCAACCACCACACCAAAACCCACCACAACUACCACUACCGCCAAGCCAACAACCACCACACCAAAACCCACCACAACUACCACUACCGCCAAGCCAACAACCACCACACCAAAACCCACCACAACUACCACUACCCCUAAGCCAACCACCACGCCAAAACCCACCACAACUACCACUACCCCUAAGCCAACCACCACACCAAAACCCACCACGACUACCCCUACCACCAAGUCAACAACCACAAUACCCAAGCCAACACCCACCACACCAAAACCCACCACAACAACCACUGCAGCCAGGCCAAUGCCCACCACACUGAAACCCACCUCAACCACCACUAUGGUCAAAGCAGCACCCACCACACUGAAACCCACCCCAACCACUACUAUAGUCAAACCAGCACCCACCACACUGAAACCCACCACAACCACCACUAGAGCCAAGCCAAUGCCCACCACACUGAAACCCACCCCAACCACCACUAUAGUCAAACCAGCACCCACCACACUGAAACCCACCACAACCACCACUACAGCCAAGCCAACACCCACCACAGCAAAACCCACCACCACUAUAGCCAAGCCAGCACCCACCACAACUGUAGCUAAGACAAAACCUGCCACAGCCAAGCCAACACCCACCACGCCAGCAUCUACCACCACUACAGCCCAGCCAACACCUGCCUCUACAACAUCACCAAAGCCAAAACUCACCACUACAACACCAGUACGUACUACAACAGCAAAGACACAACUGAAAACUGCCACAACCACAAAGUCAGAACCCACUGAAACAGAAAGACCCGGUCCUACUGAGGCAACUGGGCUAACUCUUUCCUUUGAGCCCACAUUAGACCUGGAUUAUAAAGUAUCUCCAGAAGCAGAGGCAGAGGUAGACACUGGAGAGCCUGUUAGCCCCUCAACCACAGAGGAUCCAGCCUUAUUAGAAAGCAUGGGCACGGCCUUCAGCCCCAAAUCAGUCCCAGAAACAAAUAAAGGUGUAGAAGAGGACAGGAAAGAGAAAUCUGCCUUUUCCAGUCCGCCUCCAUCCCUCAGCCAAAUUGUUCCAGAGAUCAAGUUAGGUUUCAAUAAAGCUGAGCUCAUAACCCCCUCAAAGUCAGUAGUCUUCAGCCCUGAAGAGCCCACCUUCUUGCGCUUAACAUCAUCUUCCAAAGAAAAAAGAGGGCAGAGCCCUGCUUUCCAGACCUCCCUCUCAGGUGCCCUGGACACUGAAGAACUGGAGACAAACUCAGACCAGACAAGUAUGGAUCAGCCCACAGCUGGAGCCCCAACUACCUGCUUGGGGCUUUCACUCUUCCUCCUACCCAGUCUCAUCCUGGUGGGCCUUCUGCUUUGAAUGGUCUUUCUCAGCUGUCCCUCCACCAGUCACCAAGGCUUUCUUCAGCAUUGGUUGUUCCACAACCCCGGUAGGCUUGGGAGACACCACGGACAAUUCAGGUUGACACACUCUCUUCUUACACUGCCUUAUCUGCUCCAACCCCGACGAGCCAAGGGCAGCUGGCAGUCCUGUGGGGACUUGGUCCCCUUCCCAAGGAGACCCAAGGGCAGGAGGGUGCCUGCCAUAAUGCUGGUGACCUUGGAUGCUUCUCCUUUCUUCCCAGCCAGCCUGGGCUUCUGGUCUGUUUCCGAACUGGAAAUGAUGAGCUGUCCCACCCACCUGUGUGGCUGGCAGGCCCCGCCACACCAUGUCCCCAGGGAAAGCAGAAUGGCUUGGCCACCCAGGCGGCGAUGAGACACGGUCAUUGGUUUUGGUGUGUGUCUGUAGAUGAGACAUGGUGGUGGGGUUUGGUGUUUUGUCAGGAUGAGUUUCCAACAAAAAUGCUCUUUUCCCCUCCUGAUGUGUCUGUCUGUCUCAAUUUUGGAGAAGUUUCAUCUCUUCUCUCCGUGUCCAAAAAGAGUGGCGCUUUUAUUUUUUCCACAGGAAAGGAUUCCUAUUUCCUUCCUGGUUCUGGUACAGCUGCGGCCAGUACUACCCAGCUCCACUCCUUUCUCCUCCUCACACUUCUGCAACCCUUCCUCCUCCUCCCUUCUGCUCUCUGCCGCCAUUCCACAGUUAGUCCAUGGCCACGACUUUAUUCUACGCGUGUGCCUGCACGUGUGUGCACGCACAGAAGAAAAACCUUCAGCGCUAAAGAGGAGCUCCCGGCUCCUUCCUACAGCUUUCUUCUGCAUGGCUUCCUUCUUUGCAUAACUUAAGUGUAUUUGAAUUUAGAUACAGAUCCCGGUUGACAUAUAUUUUGCGUGUGGUGGAACCUGGUCCAGGAGAAACAAGUCAUCACGUGUGCUGGUACAAAUUGAGCUCGAGAGAGCCAAGUGAAUGAUGUUAGAGGUUACUGGUGGUUCCAGGACUUGUUGGAGGACCACUUUUGUUGUCUGGGACACUGUGUGUUUUAUUCCCCCAUGUCUCUGCUCCCUUCACCUGAGGAUUCCCAGAAAGGUGUGUUAAAUAUGUGACGAGCUUUGCAGAGUGGUGGAAGGGGUUAGAAGACAUAGGCCCUUCUCUGGCUGUAGCACCCUUUGGUUUCUUAAAGAGAUGAGGUGGAGAACGACCUGAAGGCCAAUACUCGUGUCCUCCCCUGUGAUGCUGUGUCCUGUGCAUCCCCAGAACAUGCACUGAAUAAAUCCUC